AUGUCGAAGGCUGGCAAUACCCUCUAUAUUGCUGGCAUGCGAGGUAUCGACUCUUCCAAUGAUACGCUUUCUCCGGUCGGAAUUGAGCGAAUUCGUAAGGCUUAUGCCAAUAUGAUCCAGCUCGCCGAGCUGGCUGGCACUGAUCGUUUCUCGGCGGUCCGUCUAGUCGUCUACACCACGGACAUGUAUCGCUACAGGCCGCUGUGCAACCGGGCACAGACGGAGUUUUGGGGUGAAGAUCCCAAUAGACAUCCUCCCCGGUCAAUCAUUGAAGUGCAGAGGUUGAACGACGACGACAUAGUGGAAGUGGAAGGAACUUUCUUGGUUCCUUCGACUCAAGGUACCUGA